CACGUUGUUCCACUUUUCUGGACUGAAGAAGAGAAGAGAAUUAAAAAAGUGAAUAAUUGAGAGCAGACGUUAUACCUUCCCCAUCCACAUUUCUUGCUACCUACACAACAAUUCAUCAAUUCUGCCAAAAAACAUUUUGAGUUUCAAAGAUGGGGAGGUUGUUUGUGGUUCAUCUUGAAGGGAAGAUAUAUAGCUGCAAAUACUGUAAGACUCAUCUUGCUUUAUAUGAAGACAUCCUCUCCAAGUCUUUUCACUGCAAGCAUGGGAAGGCUUAUCUUUUCAAUAAAGUUUCCAAUGUUACAAUUGGAAAGACAGAAGACAGAAUGAUGAUGACAGGAAAACAUACAGUGGCUGACAUUUUCUGUGUCUCAUGUGGAUCAAUCGUUGGCUGGAGAUAUGAGACUGCUCAUGAGAAGAGUCAGAAGUACAAAGAAGGAAAGUCAGUUCUUGAAAGGUUUAAGAUAUCGGGUCCUGAUGGAAGCAACUACUGGGUGAGUAGCCAUGGAAGGCAUAUAGGUGGAAGUGAUGCAGAUGAUUCUUGAACUCAUCUCUCUCUACCCUUCUCAUUUGACAUCCCCUGUAAAUGUAAAUUCUUCAACCUCUAUUCUCCAACUUGGUCUUAUAAGACUAACGAAAACACUUUCUUCUCUUGCUCUCAUUAUCAUCCCAAAAAUCAUUCAGUAAAUAAAGUCUGAUUAUGUGUAAUGGUCAUGUUUCAUCAAAAUCUAUGCUUCUUAUUAAAUAAAAUGUCAC